GCGCUCAAGUGGAGACGGCGGCGCCAGCCCGAGCGAAGGGUGAGACGGUGGCCGAGAGAGAGGGCACGGGACGCGGACGGUGGCCGACGAGGUCGGGUAUGGAGCACCUGGAGCGCUGCGAGUGGUUCCUCCGGGGGACGCUGGUGCGGGCGGCCGUGCGGCGCUACCUGCCGUGGGCGCUGGUGGCCUCCAUGCUGGGGGGCUCCCUGCUCAAGGAGCUGUCUCCGCUGCCCGAGAGCUACCUGAGCAACAAACGCAACGUCCUCAACGUGUAUUUUGUCAAACUAGCCUGGGCCUGGACAUUCUGUCUCCUCCUGCCCUUCAUUGCCCUCACCAACUACCACCUGACCGGCAAGGCUGGCCUGGUCCUGCGGCGGCUGAGCACCCUGCUCGUGGGCACGGCCAUCUGGUAUGUCUGCACAUCCCUCUUCUCCAACAUCGAGCACUACACGGGCAGCUGCUACCAUUCGCCGGCCCUGGAGGGCAUCAGAAAGGAGUACCAGAGCAAGCAGCAGUGCCACAGGGAAGGAGGCUUUUGGCACGGCUUUGACAUCUCAGGCCACUCCUUCCUGCUGACCUUCUGUGCCCUCAUGAUUGUGGAGGAGAUGUCCGUGCUGCAUGAGGUAAAGACAGACCGAAGCCACUACCUCCAUGCCGCCAUCACCAGCCUGGUGGUCGCCCUGGGCUUCCUGACUUGCGUUUGGGUGUUGAUGUUUCUGUGCACGGCCGUUUAUUUCCACAACUUGUCCCAGAAAGUGUUUGGCACCUUUUUUGGUUUGCUGAGCUGGUAUGGCACAUACGGGUUUUGGUAUCUGAAAUCCUUUUCCCCAGGACUUCCUCCCCAGAGCUGCAGUUUGAAUUCAAAGCAAGACAGUUAUAAGAAAUAAAAAGAGAAACAAAAGGGGGGACAGCAGGACGGUGGCUGAUAUAUUUUUCAUUUCUUUUGCUUAGUUAUUUGGCUAAAUUAUUGAUCCUACUUCAGAGGGGAAGCUUCCCAGAUAGUCUGGGUGGGUGGUGGUGGAGUCUGAGGAGUGACUUCAGUCCUCAGGCUAUUCUUGGCCACGUCACAUGUGUCACAAUCACCACCGUUCCCAGUCAGGCACGUUUUGUCCCUGCUAAGACUUGACCUCUGGAACACCCCUUUUGUCCCUAGAGGGGAGAGCUAAGGCUCAGCGAAAGGACAGGAUCAGGAAAGCCCUGCUGUGUGGCUGAGGGGGAGGCAGAAGCCUCAGGCCUCUGCUACCUUCUCCCUGACUCUAGUUGCCUUUUGAUUUUAAUGGCUGCGAAUGCUGUUAUUUAACGGCAUUUCCCUCUGGCCAAUUUUGUAUUAGCAUUUAUUUCUGGCAGGGUUCUUUCUAAAACACCCAAUGCCUGAAAGACACUCUCUUGUUGUAAUAUUUGUUUCAUUCGUGGAAUGUUUUAUAUCUAUAGCAACUGGCUCAUGGUAAGCCACCAAAACAGGCCCGGUUACACUGCAGCGCCUCUGCAACCAGUAUUGGAUGAUUCUUAUGGAGUGAACAGUGACAUUUUCCGUCUGUGUUGUCUGUUAUUAUAUGUUGGGUUUUGGGGCAAUAAGGUAAUCUUUUUUUUCUUCUAUUUUUAGUGAAUACUUUAUAGUUUUAAUGACAACUAUGGCAUUUGUUCUUUGUUGACAAAACUCCUGAAAAUAACUGACAACUCCAGUGCUGCACUUUGGCACACGUAGAUUGUUUUGAGGGUUUUUUUUUCUUUCUUUUUUUUUUUUGAACACUACUUUUUAUAAACCGACCUCUGGGCUUAUAGUAUUAAAUUCCACCUCAUGGGGCUGUUUUCUGUGUUAAGAAUAAAACCAGAAAGCAGUCAUUUUUAAUAAAAACCUGAUGAAUUUUAAGCUGAGUCAAAGUAAUUUUGCAAAAUGCAUAAUUCCACUGAAACUUCCCUGACCACAGAGCAGUGAUACAGGCUGAACAGUGUCUCGGGGUCACGUGCUGGGUGCAUUGAUCCCUCUGCUGUGGCCGAGAGCAUUUUUACCUUGUGGACAAGAUUAUGAUAAUUCAGAAGUGAAGUAUUAUAAAAUGCCUCCCUCUGAUGGCAAAAAGCCAACCUGUUUGCAAAAUCCUUAUUAGAUGGUGGCAUGACUUUGGCCCCGCCCUCCUUUUACUUGCGUCACCAACCAAACCAAACCUGGGCCUGCUCAUGUAGCCUUGAAAUCAGUCGACCUUUUCUUUCCCCUUUGCACGCGCCUCAGUUUCCCACCUUGUCACUCUGUGGCCUCCACUGUGAGAGUGCUGGGAAGGGUUAGAAAUCCUGUCAUCUCCCUCCCACAAAGGCACAGUUCCACACUCUGUGAUGGGACAGCCCCUCUCCUCUCCCCAGCCAUCUCCUUAAACCUUUCAACGGAGCCCCUUUGCUGCUUGGGUUCAUUCUUAAAGCCACUUUGAUGCUCCUCUCCCUAGUCAAGCCUGGUGAUAGCAUUACUGAUAAGCACUGACUCAAGCUUAGGUUGUUAGGAGUUCGAAGGUAAAUUUUCAGGGCACUUUUAUUAACAUAAAGGUAUAUUUAAAAUAUUUUGUAUCCAAUUGAGCAGGUUAACUUUAUCGAUCAAAACGUGAGGCAUGAUACGUCGUACCCAAAAGGGACAGAAACACAGGCGGUGAGAUGGCGGAGGUGUCCCCAUGGUGCUUUGGAAGCAUUGGCAGGAUGUGAUGGGUCCAGUGAGGGAGGAUUUUUUGCCACCUGGAGUUUACAUCCAUCAACCAGGGGUGGGAGUCAGGGUGGACAGAUAGCAGGGGUUUGCUGAAGGGAUUGAAAUCUCUCUUAAGUGUCAUGUUCAGCACCAAAAGGAAAUAGGCACAGGGUGACUCCGGAAGUUCUUUAUCACACUUAAAUCCCCAGACAUUCUUCUCAUGUGUGUCUGACUCAGGCUCAGCCCUGAACUCACACUACGUGGAAAGUGUCGAUUGCCGAGCGUCCUGCUCGUGCUCAGCGCCCUUGUCUGUUCCUGGGAGCAGGCUCUCUGUCCCUGCGUGAGACAGCGUGGCAUAAGGGGGAGACUCUGGGCUCAGGCAAACAUGAGAUGUGGGUUCUUGGCACCGCUCCUGGUACCUGUAUGACCAUGGCAAACCUCAUUUUCCUCAUCUGUAAAGUGGAGAUCAUUCUGUGAGGAUCAAGGACGAUGCGUGUGAAAUGCCCAGCGUACGUGCUUAGCAGGCGAUAACCACCCCGCCUCUUUUUUAUAGACUGAGGCCUUUAGAACUUUCUGGCUUCUCUAGAGAAGGCAGAGAAACUAACAUCUUCUGGGUGCCAUCUGGAGUCUGGGUCUCCUGUUGUAUAAAACGUAGUCUUAUAUUGAUUGUUUUGCAAAGUGUUGCGCCCGGUGCUGAACAAGAGACGUUGGGGGGCCUGUGGUCACAGAAUACGGCCGUGCUGCUUUCGCCUCUCCUCGUUGAGGUUCGUUCACCGAAGCCUCGUUUUCCACGUGCAUCUGUCAUAGUCUGGGUACCAGAUUGUAUUUAGAGAAUGGCUCUUGCCACCGUUACAUACACACAGAUCGUGUGUGUAAACAAGCAAAUUAAAGUAAACUGGAGAUAAUGAAAUCCCA